AUGCUGGCCACGACCCUCCUCCUACUCCUUGUGUCAGCGGCGCCCGCUACCGCCCUCCGUGUGCGGCAGGAUGGCGGCGCGUCGGCGACGGACUUGGUGCCGAGCGGCGCAGGCAGCAGCAGCGUGGAGACGAGCGCGAUCACCCUCGCCGUCCCUUUCGACUUGGCCCAGGCCAGCCCCACCAGUGUCCCUUCCUCCCCCACCACCACUGCGACCGAGCUCCUCCUCGCGACGACUGUCGAGGAGGCUCUCCGGAGCUCUGCUUCGUUGACGAGGCCGCUCACGAAGGUCUCCUCGGCCCCCGCUGUUGUGGCGCCGUCGAACGUGCCGGCCCAGAAGAGCACGUCUAGCAACUCGCCCUCGACGUCGGAAGCGCCUUCGGCGCCCGAGGCACCAUCGAGGGGGGGCCCGGCGCCUGCACCGGAGGCACCAUCGAAGGGGGGAGGGGCAGCACCCGCGCCGGACAUGCCAUCGAAGUCGGAUGGAGCGCCGGCAUCUGACGCAUCAUCACCACCGUCAGAUAGCAGUGGCGCCGGCGCCCUCGUCGUCCCAGGCGCUUUGGUCGCUGCUGCGGUUGUUGCGGCGGCCGUAUUCUAG